AUGCUCAAAAAGCCAAUUGAACCCAUCGUAUCUCUUGGUCUCACCCCGGUUAGUCUUGGGGACGGGAACCGCCUUGGCGAGGAGCUGGCCCGUCUUCGGGUCCCUCUUGAGGUAGGAGGUGCCAUCGAGCCAGGGGGUCAGCUGGGACAUGCGACGCUCGUACUCAGUGAUCUUGUCGUUCAUCUGCAUGGUCAGGCCAAUGUCGUCAAGCCCGUUAAUCAGGCAGUGCUUGCGGAACUCCUCAACGUCGAAGCUGGCAAGGGUGUUGCCGGAAGCGUCCUUGAUGAGCUGGUUGGGAAGAUCAAUCUCAAUCUCCUUGCCAGCGCGGGCCUCGUCGGCAAUCUUCUCCAGGACGGCCUGGUCUGGAAUGACAAUGGGCAACAUGCCGUUCUUGAAGGUGUUGUUGAAGAAGAUAUCGGCGAAAGAGGGAGCGAGAACGCAUCUGAUGCCGAAGUCGUUCAGAGCCCAGGGAGCGUGCUCUCUGGAGGAACCGCAUCCGAAGUUGGGGCCAGUAACGACGAGGAUCUUGGCCGCACGGUAGGGGUCGUUGUUGAGGACGAAGUCGGGGUUCUCGGAACCAUUCGAGUUGAAGCGGAGCUCGUAGAAGAGGGCCUUGCCGAGACCAGUGCGCUUGAUGGUCUUCAGGAACUGCUUGGGAAUGAUGGCGUCGGUGUCGACGUUAGACUUUUCCAAAGGAGCGGCGAUACCCUUCAGGUUGGUGAACUUGGGGAGACCAGUGGAGCUGCCAGAGGCGGAGGCGGAGGUGUUGGUGUGGGGCUGGUUGUCCUCGGGCUGAUCGGCGAUGGCUUCCUUCUCCUCAGAACUCUCCUCAACGCGCUCAUCGACGUGGGGCUCGAUGGGAGUGAUGGCUGCCUCGAUGUGAGGGCUGGCCUUGUACUGAGACAGUUUCCUAACGUCGGCGAGCUUGCCAACGAUACCAGCGGCAGCGGCCAUGACGGGGGACAUCAGAUGCGUCCGGCUGAGGGCGCCCUGGCGACCCUCGAAGUUUCUGUUGCUGGUGGAUGCGCAUCUCUCCUUGGGGGCAAGGAUAUCGGGGUUCAUGCCGAGGCACAUACUGCAGCCAGCCUCACGCCACUCGAAGCCGGCAUCAGUGAAGAUCUUGUCCAGACCCUCGGACUCAGCCUGGGUCUUGACGAGACCGGAGCCAGGGACGACCAUGGCGCGCUUGACAUUGGGAGCAAUCUUCUUGCCCUUGACGACGUGGGCAGCUGCACGCAGAUCCUCGAUACGGGAGGGAGUUCCCGCUGUGAGACCCAUGUACUCCAACAUUCUGCGGCCAGCAGCCUUCUUGGCCUCGGUGGGGAAGGUCUCGGGGUCGGGAACGGUGCCGGUGAUGGGGACGACGUCCUCGGGGGAGGUACCCCAGGUGAUGGUGGGGAUGAUGUCCUUAGCGUCAAUGAAGACAUCGAUGUCGUACUUGGCGUCGGGGUCGGACUGGAGAGACUUCCAGUACUUGGUGGCGCGGUGCCACUCGUCGGAGUUGUACUUGGGAGCCAGAGGGCGGUUCUUCAGGUACUCGAAGGUCACCUCGUCGGGGGCGACCAUGCCGGCUCUCGCACCGCCCUCGAUAGACAUGUUGCAGAUGGACAUACGAGCCUCGAUGCUGAGGCUGCGGAUAACGGAACCGCAGAACUCAAUGACGGCACCGGUACCGCCGGCAGUUCCGAUCUUGCCAAUGGCGUGAAGAACAACGUCCUUGGAGCUGACACCGGGAGCCAGCUCGCCGUCGACUUGUAUCCUCAUGUUCUUGCUCCUCUUGGUGAUCAGGCACUGGGUGGCGAGGACGUGCUCGACUUCACUGGUACCGAUACCGAAAGCCAGGGCACCGAAGGCGCCGUGAGUGGAGGUGUGACUGUCACCGCAGACAACCGUGGUGCCGGGAAGGGUGAAGCCCUGCUCGGGGCCGAUGACGUGGACAAUACCCUGGCGCUUGUCGCCGAGGCCAAAGUAGGUGAGGCCGAAGUCCUUGACAUUCUCCUCGAGGGUCACGCAUUGCACGCGAGAGUCGUCCUCGGCGAUGAAGGAACCAAUGUCCUUCAUGCCUUUCCGCGAUGA